CGUAGGAUGGCUCACGCCUACUUCACCUCGGGAAUCUGGCCCUUGCAGUACAAGAAAAUCUGCGACGCGGCAGGCAUGGGCAAGAUUGUAGACAAGACCCUGCGGGAACGCUAUCAGCCGGUGUACAGCGAGGUUGUGGAGGAGUUUGCUGAGGCGUCAAUGGCCCAGGCAUUACAAGAGGAGACGGCAAUCCAGGUAAUGGUAGAUGGCGAGGACUUCGCCGGCAUCAGUAUUAUGUCCGACGCCAGGCAUUGUUGGCGAAAGAAUGCCAUGUUCUCAGAUGUGGCGUUCCUUGGAGACAGGACACAUCGUGUAAUUAAGCUUAUCACGGUGUCUCAGGACGAGGAGCAGUAUUCCCAGAACCAUGAGCUCGUCGGAACCCAACAAUUCUACGAGUGGGCGGACGAGAACGCUGUGAACAUCCUGGUUCAUGCCCACGACAAUAACAAGAGCGUCAACAAGCUGGUGGAGAACAGGGCAGCACAGGGUCACCGCUGUGUCAACGGCAACGACACAUGGCAUGCUACCAAGGGUAUUGCGAGGGGGAUGAAAAAGAUAACCAUGGGGCCCAAGUACAAGGAGCGGGUGACGUGGCACCCCGAGCUUUCAGACAAAGGUAAAUGUUUUGCAAGAAUCGUUCGUACGAUAGCCAUUACGUUCACAUGCACUGGUCGAUAUUUCUUUUCCUUUAUUUCAUAUGAAAUGUUAUUUCUUUCCUUUUCUUUCAGCCGGAUCUAUAAAGACCCACGUGUACUGGGCAAUGAAGAAUUGUGCCUUAGACCCAGAAAGGCUGCGGGGUUAUAUCGAUAACAUCAUCAAACACUACAAGGUAAUGUGAAUUUUGAAAAAAAGAAUUGCUUUCAUAUGACUUUUGUAAUAUAGAAUUUAAAACAUUGACAGCAACAUUUUUGCGCAUUGAAUAAUAUCAUCGAGUUACUGGUAAUCUCGGACUAUUGUCUUUAUACUGAAGAGCCAAUGUAGAUCAAUUAACAUUCAUAACCUCUGUACCCUCU